ACCGCGAGUGAAAUCAAAACAUUGUGUAUUUCCUCGGUAUUUUCAUAAAUAACUCUUUAUUUAACAUGGUUUUUCACUAACCAACUUGUUGAAUUUUUAACCUGUGCGAAGAAGAAUGGAAAUCUCUAACAAGGAAGGAUUGUAUGCUGUGGAGUCAUCAAUGGUGAAGGAAGAAUUCUGUGUUGAAGUUCAAGGAUCACAGUUUCACUAUGAACAUGGGUAUGAUUUCAUCAAAGCAGAGGCUGCGGAUGUUGCAGAUGAAGUCAUGAUAACGGAUGUGGUUGAUUUAGGCGCCUAUGUAAAGUCAGAGGAUUCCCAUGAAUUCGUUCAGUUCGACGUUACAGAAAUCCCUCCGGAAAGGAGCAAUGAUGUUAGGAAAAGCCACAGGAAGAAGUAUUGUUGUCCAGUUUGCAACAAAUCCUGCAAAGGCAAUGGAGGUCUGAAGAAUCACUUGGUAAUGCAUAAAGACCACCAAUUCUACUAUUGCGGCUAUUGUGCGAAGAUAUUUGAGCAGAAGUCAGAGAUGGAAAAACAUCUCGAAAAGCACAAGAGUAAGAAGAGAUGCACUUGUAAUGAGUGCAAUCAGGAAGUGAAGAUCUCAAGCGCCGUCCAAGGAGUUACAGAACAUGUUGAGGAUGUAGAGGAAGAAAUUCAGUUUUUGCCAAGCGAUUCUCGUCAUGCGAUAGUGGAAUAUCAUCCAACAAACUCAUAUAAAUGCUGCACUUGUGGAGACACAUUUAAACUCUUGCGUGAUAUUAAAAUCCACAUGAAAAGCCAUCCAAUAAUACAUCAGAUAAGACAGGAUAAAUUCAAGUGUCCUUACUGUGAGGACGGCUUCGUUAAGAUUUUAAAUCUGGAAUUACACAUGUCCAAAUACCAUCGAGGACUUCCGUGUAAUGCAACAGAUCCUCCUCUGACGUGCACUGUUUGCAAGAAGGCCUUUGAAAGUCUGGAUUGUCUGAAGAAACACGUGAAAAUUCACAGUAUCACGAAGAGCUUUAAAUGCGGAUAUUGCGAGAGGAAAUGUGACUCCACCAACAAAAUGAUAAUUCAUGUUUCGGAUGAUCAUCCAGGAAAAAGACUGCCUCGUGGCUUUCCAGACGUCUGGAUGUUGUACACUUGUGCGCUCACCGGGAAAACCUUCCCUGCGAUUCAACAUGCAAAGAGAAGCGCAAAAGAAGUGACAAAUUUGAGAAAACGCAACAAAACACGCUACUUACAUGCAUGUCGUUUCUGUGGUGAAAAAUUACUCCGGAAAGAUCUUAAAAAGCAUGAGAAUGAGCAUAAAUCCGACAAGGGAGUAAAAUCAUUGUUCUCUUUGCUGAAGAAGGUACCAAAGGUUGCUCAAGUGCUAAAAAAUGAAGAAUGCUCAGAAAGUACAACUUCUUCUUCUAUCACAGAAAGGGGGAAUUGAGGAGAAUAUAGAUG